UUCUGGUACGUAUACGUCCUUAAAGUUCAUACAUCGACAUCCCUUAUAAAACAUGGCCUUUGCAAUACAAAAACUUCUCGCUCAGGUCUACAUGAAAUGGUUCCACAUCCCCCUCCCGCCACCGGAUUCCUUCAAGGAUCAGUCCGUCCUCGUAACGGGCGGGACGGCCGGACUAGGUCUUGCCGCCGCAGUACACUUCGUCAAUUUAGGCGCCACCGAUGUCAUAAUUACGAGUCGUGAUUCAGCCCGGUCUCAAGCCGCCAUUGCGACUAUCGAGCGAGAUACGAAAGGCCGAAGUAAAGGCCGAGUUCGAGUUAUGGAUCUUGAUAUGAGCCGGUACGCCUCGGUUGUAACCUUUGCGGAGGAAGCCCGGAAGAUUAGACAAGGAAAGGGUGGCAUCGAUACCGUUGUGUUGAACGCGGGCCUUUCUACUAUAGCUCCCACGCUCAGUGAGGAAGGUUGGGACCUAAACAUCCAAGUUAACACCCUGAGCACUAUACUCCUAGCUCUGCUCCUGCUCCCCUGGUUGAGAGCGGAGCGCGCCAACCGCUCGGCGCCGGCACAUUUGGCUGUGGUGGGUUCAGGACGGCAUCUAGAGCCGAAUAUCCAAGAGUGGAAGAAAUGGACAUCUGAAACUGGCCCCUUAGAGCACUUCAGCAAACCAGACAAUUGGCCUGGAGCGAGCACGAUGUACGCGACUACCAAGCUGAUGGCUCAGUAUGCGGUUAACGAACUAGUUAAAAUGGCAUUGGGGUCAAGCGGACGCCCUAAGGUCGUAGUAAACACCAUGUGCCCUGGAUUCGUGGCAUCGGAUUUAUCCAGAGACUUAAAGCAGCUAGGGAUAGUUGUCAGUCUCAUAGUCACUAUAUUCACGGUUAUAUUCGGUAAGUCGCCGUCUAACGGCGCGAGGACAUACGUGGCAGCGUGUUUGACAAAGGAGAGCGAGCAUGGGAGAUUUCUCAAGUUCUACGGAUCCGAUGCCGACUACCAAGAGACUGCAGAUACUGUUAUAACCGGCGAAGAUGGAAGGGACAUGCAGGCUUUAGUUUGGUCAGAGAUGAAGACUGAAUUUGUUGCGAAGGUUCCUGAGGUGAGAGAAAUCUUAAAGUCGUAAGGAUGAAGUUUCGAAGAAACAUUGCCUGUUAGAUACCUAUACAUGAACGAUUAUUACUCGAAAGGCCGUUAAGGGUAUAAUAUGUCGGAUAAAAAUACUAAUAUCUAAUAUGUACCUAGGUAGGUAAGCUGUUACUGAGUGGCUAUUUAUUAAG